AUGAUGUUUACAGAAGAAAGUGAUGAUGGCCGUUUAUCAAAUGGCUCUAUUGACUUAUGCCCUUUUAAACUAUCUGGCCAAGUCUCUCCUAUGAACAAUGAAGGUUUCAUAAAUCUCUGCAAAUCGAAGCUAAAAACCAAUCCAAAAAACAGCAAACUCUGACAAAAGACAAGGAAAGAGCAGUAUAGCAGCACCGAAAAUAAAACUCCAAGACUUUCCCAAUUUAACUCAGAAGUCAUGGAAGAAAUCAUGCAAAACGAAAUAAAAGCCAAAAAAAGACAUAGAGAGCCCUUUGCUUCUGAUUUUGAGUCACAUUCAAUUGAUGCAGCUGUUAAAUUAGAUAUCGAUUCCUGCUUUAUGUGAUUUAUUGUAGAGAGAAAAACAAUUGGAAAUAUCAUUCCUGACUAUGAAUUUAACAGAUCAAAAGAAAUUUUCCUGCAAAUGCUCAGCAAGGCUGAUGAUUCCCAUGAGCUUCAUUUCGGGAUUGCAAAACUUUUGGCGUAUGAAAAUAAUUUUGAGCAGGCUUUGAGACAUUUGAAAAAAGCAAUUGAGAUUUCUGAAGACAAAGCUUAUAAAAUAUGAUAUAUCGUGCUAUAUUUAAGAGCAUUGAAAGAUCCAAGCAUAAAUGGCGUGAUCAGCUCAGUUGAGUUGGGGAAUUCAUGGAAAUGAUAUAACUGAUUCUGCUGCACAAACCAGAGAAAAGCUCAGUCAUUCCAUUUAAUAUAUAGAGAAUUAUUGAGCAUCCUGAAUAAAGUUAAUCCCAGCAUAGAAAAUCUUUGAGCAAAUAUGAUAAUAGCUCAGACUAAAACGCUUUUUGAGGGGCUAGAAAUUGAAUCUCCGAUGUAUUAUGCGACAAAAAUCAAGGAAAUUGAUAAUUAUUAUGGAUAUCUUGCGUGGGCAGAAAUUUAUGCCCAAGACAGAAAUUAUAAAAAGAGCAUUGAAAUUUUAAAAGAGUUAGUUAAAAUUUAUGCAAAUAGGCCAGAAGCUUACAUGAAGCUAUGGCAAAUUUAUUAUUAUACAAUCAGAGAUUACAAUGCUUCUGAAGAUAUUGCUGCUGAAGCUUUUAUCAGGCUUGGGGGUACUGAUAAUUCUCAAUAUCAUUCAUUAUUAUGAAUUAGUUAUAUAUAUAUAAAAUGGUCUUGACAAGCGAUCCGUCCUCCUCGUGGCAGGUCCCCUUUUGUAUAUCCGGACGUGGUUUUGGGGUGCAAGGAGCUGCCCAAUGUCUUGUUAGCCCUAAAGCAAGAGGCCCAGCACUAUUCCGCUGAUAGUGGCCUGGCUUGAGCGACAGUUUUUUGUACCUUUUAGACAGCAGCACCCAAGCCCAGGUUAGGCCAGAAAAGGGGGGCUUAAGCUAACAGCAGAACGCCUCUCCUCAGCUCUUGCCUUGGAACGCAUGGGCGCCUUAGGAAGUGGGGACUAUAAAGACUCAUCACUAAUCUAAUGAAUUAAAUUAGUUAUGCAAAAAGUUUCUUUAAAUUGAGGAAAUACUCUAACUGUUUUGAAUUGCUGCAACAAAAAUAUAUAGAAAACUCGAGCUUUCCUAUAUUCUUAUACCAAUAUGGGAGACUUUGUAUUAAAUCAGAAGUUUAUUUUUUUACGGGCUCUGCGAUUGGUGCUCUGCAAGAAUGUCUUAGACUAUGUGAUAAAGGUAGGUAUGGAAGCAUUUAUUAUUGGCUAUCCAAAGGAUUAUUGAUGAAUAGGCAAUAUACAGAAGCUCUUAAAGCGAUGAAAAAAGCUUUAUUCUUUUUGAAUUCCAAAGAGAAAAAGAAAGCAGACGAAAUUAAGAGAGCAGUCAGUGUUCUAGCUCCUACUAUGAAAGCAUAUGAGCUGCUAAGAAAUGAAUUAUCGUCAGAAGAGAAACCCAAUUUAAAGCAUUGCAAAUCACUCUGCAACGAAUUCCAAAUUUAUAAUAAACCUGUAGCAAAUGUUUAUAUGGCAAAAAUUAUGUGGCUCGCAGGACACAAACAACAAGCAAUAGCUGAUUUAAAGGAAAUAGUUGAAAAUAAUGACCCUCCCUUAAUUGCUUACUUUAUUUUACUAGAAUGCUUAAAGCAAGGCCAAGACUACGAGCAAAUGAAAGAAAUCGGAAAAGAAAUGAUAAAAUUUUGUAAUAACCCUCAAAUUUCCACACCUGACUGAAUUAAAGCUCAUCUCCUAUACUCCAAGAUUUUAAUAUAUAAUAAGCUUCAUAGCAAAGCCAUUUUUGUAUUAAAAUGUUUAGCUAAAGUCUUUCCUCCAAUGCCAUAUGUUGAGCUCCCAUACACAAAAUAUCUUCAAAAAGCUACUACAUAUGAAGAAUUAAAUAGUAUUCCUAAUGGCAGUUUUCAAGCAGAAGAAAGAAUUGACAUUCACCAAAAUUUUAUUCCUUCGUAUAAGACAUGAAAUAGAGAAAUAUCUGUAGACUUUUUAGAUGAUGAGGCUGCACCUAAACCGAUAAUGAGCCCUCCUGUAUUGAAAAAUAAAAGAAAAGCUAUUAAAAAUUUUAGUGAUCAGUACGGCAGAAGGAAAACAAGCAGAAAAUUUGAUGGUCUGUCGAUUUUAAUAGAAGAAGAAAAAUGGAGCGAUGAUGAAAAUGAAUAUUAUGAAGAAAAGGUUGAAUUUAGCUCAAUGCCAAAACCUGAAAAUAGAUUAAACUAUUUUGCUGGCCAUAAGAGGGUAAACACACUCGCCGUCGCCCAUCUUGACUCCAAAAUGUCGCAAUUAUAGAUUUUCGACCUGAACCGCUUGUCCAAAGGAUUAGCUCCUAGGGCAGAGCAACUGUCUAUAGGUGCUCCCAAUGGUCCCGAUGAGGAAAGAAUAUGUGGUAGGCAAAACUUGUCUAGCUUAUCCGGCAGAGACAGGAAAACCUCUGGGGAGAAACAAAACUUCCCUCUUCAGCAAGGCAUCACCAAACCUGAAGGCCUACUUAAAAAACGGACAGAGACUCUAUUUUCAACCUCAUCAGGAUGGGUCCGAUCUCCUCCAUAGGCACUGCGCCUCACUUCAAAUUUUUUUCAACAUCACUAUUUUAUUUUUCCAUAACCUGAAAAAGAAUUUGCAGGAUUUUCUAUAUCGUCGAAUCCCAUAUUUUUAUAUAAAAUCGCAAAAUAUUCAGCCAAAUAUAGAUCAAAUAUUGAUGAUGGGCUUUAUGCUGUUGAUGAGUUUAUAACUUUGUUAAAAUUUGAAAAAGAUGAAGAUAAAAAAGAGAAAAUUCUCAAAAAAGCCCUUCAUUGGAAGUCAAUACUAAAAAAUAAUAAGAAGAUAGCAAAGUUUGACUGACAUUAA